UUCAAAUUUCCCCCGCUCUUUUUAAAAAUUUCAAAUUCCCCUCUUUAAUUUCUCAUCUCUAUAUAAACACACCCAAACACAACCUUAUCUCUAACAAAAGAUAACAAUACAAUAGUUUCAACCCUAAUCCCCAAAUUACCCUUCACCGGAGAAAUUCCAAAAUGCCUGCAAUCCCUGAAGAGCCGCUUCUAGCACCAAAUCCCGACAGAUUCUGUAUGUUUCCGAUUCAGUAUCCGCAGAUCUGGGAGAUGUACAAGAAAGCCGAAGCCUCCUUCUGGACGGCGGAGGAAGUCGAUCUCUCUCAAGACCAACGUCACUGGGAUAACCUGACCUCCGACGAGAAGCACUUCAUCUCCCACGUCCUCGCCUUCUUCGCCGCCUCCGACGGCAUCGUUCUCGAAAACCUCGCCGGACGGUUCAUGAAAGAAGUGCAAGUUUCAGAGGCGCGUGCUUUCUACGGAUUCCAAAUCGCAAUUGAGAAUAUCCACUCUGAAAUGUACUCGCUUUUGCUUGAGACUUAUAUUAAAGACUCCGCUGAAAAAAACCGUUUGUUUCACGCGAUGGAGACCAUCCCGUGUGUCGCGAAAAAAGCCGACUGGGCUUUGAAAUGGAUCGACGGUUCAGAUUCAUUCGCCGAGAGAAUCAUCGGUUUCGCCUGUGUAGAAGGGAUAUUCUUCUCCGGAAGUUUCUGCGCGAUAUUUUGGUUAAAGAAACGCGGGUUAAUGCCGGGUUUGACUUUCUCAAACGAGUUAAUCUCGCGAGAUGAGGGUCUGCACUGCGAUUUCGCGUGUUUGAUAUACAGUCUGUUGAGGCACAAGUUAAGCGAGGAGCGCGUGAAGAGUAUAGUGAGAGACGCAGUGGACAUAGAGAGGGAGUUUGUAUGUGACGCGCUGCCUUGCGCGUUGGUAGGGAUGAACGGGGCGUUGAUGAGUCAGUACAUUGAAUUUGUUGCUGAUAGAUUGUUGGUUGCGCUCGGGUACGGGAAGGUGUACGGUGUUUCGAAUCCGUUUGAUUGGAUGGAGCUGAUUAGUUUACAAGGGAAAACUAAUUUUUUUGAGAAGAGGGUGGGAGAGUAUCAGAAAGCUUCUGUUAUGUCUAACAUUAACGGUAACGGUGGAACCCAUGUGUUUAAAAUGGAUGAAGAUUUUUAGUUAUUUAUUUCUGUUGCCUUGUACUAUUAUUAAAUUCAAGAAAAAAAAAGUAUUAGUAUUCGAA